AUGCCAAGGUCCGACAUCUUCUACCAGUAUGAGCCUCUGGAGGACCCCAGAAUCAAUAUUCGACUUCUUACUGUCUUCGGCGACGAUUUCAAAGCCCCAUUGCGCUCAAGACUUGAGGAGAUAUCACUCGACGAUAGGCCCACAUACCUUGCCCUGUCAUAUGUCUGGGGUAGACCUACAACCAAGAGGAAUCUCCAGAUAAACGAUCGCAUCUUCAAGAUUCAGCCCACCGUGUUUGAUGCUCUGCGUAGAUUCAGAGCCGAAUUCGGGGCAUUUUCAAUCUGGAUUGAUGCUAUUUGCAUCAACCAGGAUGACCUCGACGAACGCUCUGCCCAGGUUACCGUCAUGCGUCGCAUCUACGAAUCCGCAAAGAUGGUUCUCGUAUACCUCGGCGAGACUGAGAAGGGUAGGGAACUCAAACAUCUUUUUGACUCCGUCAUGAAAUUUCUCCCCCGAUCUGGAGAAUGCCGAGAUUCCAAAAUUGAUUGGAAUUCGCUCAACAAGUACGGGCUGCCUGAUGUCUUAAGCAGCCGAUGGCAUCAGCUGGUUCAGUUUUUUAGCCACCCUUGGUUCUUGAGAGUAUGGACAUUCCAGGAAAGCCUGGUCGCCAGGAGGUCAACCUUUGUUCAGGGGGACUGCAGUAUCAACCAGGUGGACCUUUUCGCCCUUGUCCAUCAGAUGGUCAAUGUCCACGGCCUCCAUCACUACGUUGACCGGACCCCCCGUAUGCAGCUCAGCCCGAUGCAUUCUGCAGCUCAACGAUGCAACGCGAUAGCGAUGGCCCAGAGUCCGAUUGCGGUAAACUUGCUCCCGCAGUUUUGGAUACGUCAGCCUCUCAUCAUGCUGUUGCGUGAGAACAUAGGAGCCAAAGCCACAGAUUUUCGGGAUCAUAUCUUUGCCUUGCUGGGAGUGUCGAAGGAGGCUGAAGAGCCAAGUUUGCAGCCAGAUUACAAGGAGAGUGUCGACGACACAUAUAAGCGCGUCGGAAAGUACAUGGCGGAAAAUGGAUUCCUUCCUCUCCUGCUUCAAUGCACACCAAACAACAACCCACCAGACUGGCCUUCCUGGAUCCCACGCUGGCACGAACCUGGGAGCCACAUUCUCGGCAUUGAAAGGGCUAUGUGCAUGAGCAGCCUGUUUACUGCUGCUGGCAGAUCCGUCCAAAACUUUCGGUGGCAGCCUGGCCAUUCCUUGUUUGGGCGAGGCAUGGUCGUGGACACGAUCGCCCACAUGGGAAGCCGCAGUCUCGUUGUUAGCUCCAUAACACAGGUCGGAUCCCCAGAAGAUCUCUACCCCAGGGUGCUCCAUGGCCUCAUAGAAGCCUUCUCCAUGUUCUGCCCCAGGCACCCAUACGUCACUGGCGAACCCAAGUCGGCGGUUCUCUGGAGGCUUAGUGUUUGCGACCAGAUGCAUCUGAGUUCCCUGAAGGCUCCCAAGAGCUUCCAACAGGACCUGGCGAGAUUCCUAAGUGUUGCGAAAGAAGGCGUACGGUAUCAGUAUCUGGAGCAAGGCGAUGCUCAACUUGAGCGGUUGCAUCUUGACAUUGGUAUGAUGCUUGAGAGCAUGCCGGAAUUGUCCCUACGAGUCGAAGAAGACCCCGUUUAUGAGGAGAACGAGUUCCUGACGAAAUCCGGCGCGUUUUUGGCGAGGCAUGUUCGCUGUGUAACUACACGGGGAUAUAUCGGCCAAGUCUUCCAAGACGUCGAGGUGGGCGACAAGGUUGCAUUGCUUCAAGGCUGCGACAUCCCUCUGAUACUCCGACCUGCAGGCAAUGGUGCGUACACUUAUAUCACUACGUGCUAUAUUCAUGGUAUCAUGUAUGGGGAAGCAUGGAGUGAUGAGGGCACUGAUACCAUCAGGAUCGUUUAA